GGCUCUACGCCGUUUGCGUAGCGUGCCCCAAGAUGGCGUCGCGGUCGUCGUCGGCGGCGGUGGCCGGAGCGUCGGCAGCGGCGGCGGAGCGGCUGGAAGUGAAGGGCGGGAUGAGGCGGGCGAAAGGCGGCAGCGCGUAGCGGGCGGCUCCCGGCCUGCAGGAGACAGAGCGAGACCGAGAAAGAGACUGUCGCGGGGAGGCGGCCCCCCUCCGUGUGUGCGUGUGUGUGUGUGUGUCCCCCCUCCCCGUCCUUCCCCGCCCGCCCCUCACGGGAGCCCCGGCGGGUCCUUCCCGGCGCCGCCACCCUGCCCACCCCCGCCCUCUAGGCCACGGGCCUCGCCGUCCUCCGGCCUGCCGCCUCCCCCCCCCCCCCCCCCCCCCCGCCGCCCCCUCGGAGCGGAGGAUGAUGAAGCUCAAGUCCAACCAGACGCGCACCUACGACGGGGACGGCUACAAGAAGCGGGCGGCCUGUCUGUGCUUCCGCAGCGAGAGCGAGGAGGAGGUGCUGCUGGUUAGCAGUAGUCGUCAUCCUGAUCGAUGGAUUGUCCCUGGGGGUGGCAUGGAGCCUGAGGAGGAGCCCAACGUGGCCGCUGUGCGAGAAGUCUGUGAAGAGGCUGGAGUGAAAGGGACGUUAGGAAGAUUAGUGGGAAUUUUUGAGAAUCGGGACAGGAAACACAGGACAUAUGUUUACGUACUUAUCGUCACAGAAGUGUUGGAAGACUGGGAGGACUCUGUCAAUAUAGGAAGGAAAAGGGAAUGGUUUAAGAUAGAAGAUGCCAUAAAAGUUCUGCAGUAUCAUAAACCAGUGCAGGCUUCAUAUUUUGAAACCUUGAGGCAAGGUUGUUUGGCAAACAACGGCACUCCUGUCAUGACCACGACGUACUCUGAGAGCUCCGUGUCUGACAUCAGAUGACUGAAGACAUCCCCUAUGAGAGAAAUUUUGAGAAAAAGACUGAAACAUGGAUUUCCCUCCCCUCUCCCCUUUUUCACAUGCCUCCUCUAUCAAACAAGGCAUGGGCAGCAGCCUGUGGCAGAGCAAGUGUUAAGAGUGCUGCAGUUUAGUGCAAGGUGGGAUUUUUUUUUUGUUGGCUUUUUUUGCUUUUUUGGAUAUGUAUUUUGUAAAAUACAUUUUGUGCAUGAAGUGCCCCUUUCCCGUUACACCGCUUCCAUGGGCUGGCGAGCGAGGCUGCCAGUUUCGCCUCUGCCUUGUGUUCUGAAGUGUCCCGUUUGUGUCAUCCCAGCCAUAGCCACUUUUUUUUUUUUUUUUUUUUAAUUGAGAGACUUCAAAUGUGAGAUCAGCUCUUUAAGUCUUAGUCUGUACUGUAAGGUGCUGUUCAGACCUGCGUGGUGGUCACUUUCAGCACAUAUGUAUAAACUUUUUUUAGAUGGAGAAUCUAACAUUUUAAUUUUGUGGGAAUUUUUUUAAUCCUUGUUUGCUUCUGAAAAGAAGGGUUCAUAAUUAAUCUGUUUGCCUUUUGUUCUGUUUUUUAAAAAAUACACGUUCUGUGACAGUGCUAGUGGCUGGGCCAGUUUACUCCCCAUUCAGUAUCUCCUGAUUUAGUGCAGUGACACUUGAAGUUGAGGGCAGAGUUUUGAUCACCUGCAGACAUCCCUGCUGCUCCCUUGCUUCUCCUACAGCUUCCGCCAAUGUUUCUGCAUUUACAUCAAAAUGAAACAAAAAGGAGUUGGUCUUCUAACACUUGGCCAAAAAUAAAUAGCCUCAGAAAUGCUACGAUAGAAACUGAAUUUCAUUGUCUGUGGUAGGAAUUGGGGAUUCGAAGUGGGGUCAAAGUCUGACAAACUGGAGCGUCGAUCACCAAUGCUGUUCUGCUGAUCCUGCUGUGUUCUGCUGAUGUCUCUUCUUGUCCACAUGCCUUAUACCGUGCUGAACUGGAUACUUGUAAUUUGUGCUAAAGCGUCGGAUUGUAAUUACUGAGUGUUACUGCAUGAACCCUCGGUUGGAUAACCAUGUGUGUCCCUGAAAAGAAGUCCUGGGGGAAAAAUUCAGGUGUUCAAUCUCUUGUCCUGUGGUUCUGCAGCACUUACAGUUGCACCAUGGAGCACGCUCAAAAUGUUUAAACUCUCCCUCUGUGAAAGGUACAGCUGACUCCUGAGCAGAAUUGCUAGUUAGAGAAGUACACCGUUUAAUAGGGUAGUUCCCCUGAUGCAUUGGCACGCUUCACAUUAUUAUUUUUUUUUGUUGUUGUUUUUACUGAUGUAAGUUUCAUGCUGUCUUGAUUUGCCAACAGUGUUGUCUAGUUGGGAAAUAAAGUGGGAAGGGUUGGGGCUGGGGGGUGGGUUGGGACAGGUACAAGUUUUGGGAGGGGCAUUAAUUAAUCCCUGGCUUGGGACAAGAAGUAGUUGCUGAAUGCAGUAACUUCUCCUUUGUCGGAGCAUAGCCAAGAUGUGAAAUUAAAUCUGCAGUACUCUUUUUUUUUUUUUUUUUUCUUUUUUUUUUUUUCCUCCUCUUUAUUUAACAAAAAAUAUUCUAAUAAAUACUCACUGUUCCAGAGUUUUCUCUGUUCCCGAGAAGCACUUACAAUAUGAAAAUCUAAUAGAAAUAUCCAUGGAGCCUGGGACAAGGGGGAAUGGUAUCCUUGCUGGUUUGGCAAGAAGCUGUUCAUUUUAAGAUCCUAUUCUGUUCCUUUACUUGUUCUCCUUGCUUUCAUCAGUGUGGAGUAGCAAGGCCAAAAGCAGUGCCAGUGAUCACUAACAUGAAAAACCAUGCAUAAGAAAAAGCUGAGAGGCAUUAUUCAAGAAGUAGCUUGAAACUGAGCAUCUGGAAUUGAGCCUAAAUUACACCAGUUCAGUUCACUUCAACUUAGAGACGAAUGUACAAUACUUUCUUACUCUGUGCUGAUCGGCCUGAACCAAACUCUCAAAAGGGCUUGAAUAUUGUAUCUGGAAGUGUACAAGAAAUUCAGACAGUCUGCUGUUACCGAGCUGUGAGUGGCACCUAGCACAGCCAUCUACUGCCUUCAAUUGUGUUUUUGUCUUUCCUGUACAGAUUAGUGUGUUGAAAAAGGUUUGCAACAAAACAGCUGGUACUCCUGAAAGGGUAACUGCAGUUUUAAUAUCAACAGCAUACACACUUUUCUUUUUAAACUAAAAAUGUUUUUACAGGGCUGUUAAACUGACAGUUUAGGGUAGAAUAUUGUUAAUGACUUGCUAAUGGCUUAUUUGUUUGGGUCAGAAAAAUAAAUUGUGCCAAGAAAGUGUUUUAAUGUGGCAUGAAUUGAUGCUGUUAACACAAUAACAUCAAAUGGCUGAUAAUAUGCCUUCUUAACUGGAAAUAGCUCCUGGGGUAGAAAUAGCCUUUACUCAACAGACGUGGAUUUCAAAAUGGGCCUUAGUCCUGUGAAUCUCUCCCUGCACCACACGAAUUCCCGUCUUCCUCAGCAUCUGAGGUUCUUCUCUAGUAACUGGUAUAGUUGUGUGCCCUAGCAGUUUAAAUGAUUUUAUCCAAAAUGAUGUUAAAUUGGUUCGGGACCGACAAUCAAACUACCUUUAUUAGUGACAAAAGAGUUGUUCCAAGGACGGCGCGUGCUCUGGGUUUCGCAGUAAAGACUAGUGCCUGCUUGAUUAAACUGCUUAGGGCUGCUGUUAUGACCAACUGCUAAAAAACCCUGUAGGAUUAGACUCAGACUUCCAGCGUUGCUAAAACUGGUGCUAUAUUGAGCCUAGUGUUGGAGAUAGUGGGAUUCUUACCUCAGACAAUGUAGUGUCUAGCCUGACCCCUUAAAUGGAGCAUUACAAAGUGUCUCAGCUUCCCAUUGAAGAAUAAUGUUCUUAGUUUGGCUUUCAGCUUAUUUUCCAUCAUACUUGGCAGUGAUGUGUUUGUAGGUAAAACAGAGGAAUACGAAUGCUUCACUGAGACAUCCUGAAAGUUUGCAGCAACCAUGUCAAGUCACACUCAAGUUGCAGGUUUCUGACGCUUGUCUUGGUUCUUUGAAAUCUGGUUUGGGAUAAAUGCCAGGGGUGUUGAUGAUGCACAGUAUCCACCUCAGAGGGGCUAUCGUUAAUUACCUUGUGACACACCUGAACUCUGGGAUGUCAUGAAAAACUUGCAGUGCCCUCUGCAACUUCUGAGGGGUAGAGUCAUUUUGCUAGUAAGAUUACUUUUUCCCUUGCUGCUUUUCAUACAUGUAUUUGCAGUAUAUACAGGGACACCUCACUCUUGAUACAUCACAAAGCAAGUCUGCCUGCAGUGAGGAAGAGGGGGAAAAUUAUGGGCCCUUGAAACACUCAAGUACUGGAUUUCUCUAUGCACCUAAGUGUCAUCUCAGGGUUGCAAGCUGAGUGAUGAAGUAAGAGAAAGAGGGAGACUCGCUGCUCAGCACAGGGAGGUUCUCUGAGCAAUUCCUGCUCUUCAGCAUUCAUUCACUUCCUCUGGUAUUGUCAAAAUUAGAAAUCCUCAUAUAGCAGAUUGCAUUCUGCCAUCUGGAUUUUUAAACGUGUUUGAGACCUUAAUGUGAGAAGUGCAUUCAGCACGCAGACACGACUGCUUAGUGUGAUGAUCUUUUAAACCGCAAAAUACUUACGGAAAUCUGGAUCUCUGUCACGAGAAGUGUUUGACAGACCAGCUUGGAUUACUGCUGUGGCAGGAUAAAUGUUAGCUGGUGGUUUAAGCUGAUGCUGGGGAGAGUCCUGGCAUUUGUUGACUCUAAUAUGGGAGCAGGAAAAAAAAAAAAAAAGUCACCCCUGGGGUAUCAGUGUCUCCAGCAGCUGCUGCUUGGUUCUUCCAGCAGGAUUUGUCAGAUCCCGUACCUUUCUGAUGUCCUUAACUGAUGAGCAAAACUCAAGAGGCAGGUGCAUGUCCCUCUGCAGAAGAGUGCCAAGUGUAAUUAAACUUAGUGGAGCUGAAAUCAUACCUGUCGAGCUCUAGGAGAUCUUUCUCAAAUAAGGCUUUGGUCUGGUGGAACAGGGAUUUCGAUGCAUCCGUUAAUGUCAGUUUAGAAAUCGCGUGUGGUAGAAAAUGUAUGGCACCUUUUUCUUGAAGUGGUUGCUGUUAGAUGGGUUUUGGGUGUCAAAUUUGACUUUGCUCAUGCUGAGGCUUUUCAAAGGAACGUUUCAAAAGGAAGCACAUUUUUUCAGUUAGAAGUAACGUACCAUUUUCUGCUUGCUGAAUCUUUCCCUGUGUUUAACAGGCGUGUGGCAGGGCUGUGCGUGCUGGUGUUGGGGCGGCUGUGGGAGGCUGGGAAACGACACUGCUGGGCCCGGGAGGUGACACCUUUCCUGGGAGAUGCCUAGAGAAGAGUGAAAAGUUGUUUUGGUUUUUUUUUUUUUCCAUUCUCCCUGAAAUCUAGCAUUCAGUGCUAUUAAAGUACUUUUGGUCGCUUCACAAAGAUGGAUUAUUUAAUUCUAGACAGUAGUUCAUUGGCGAUAGAGAAACUCGGUAUUGUGAUAAAGCCAGGGGAGGCUUGUUCCUCCUUUAUCUUUGCAGAGUGUUUCUCCUUCUUACCAGCACUUCCCGAGCUGUUUUGUGCUCUUGCAGGGUUAGCCAGAGCUGCUCUGGCAGAGCUCAGCAAACCCUUGCUCAGAACUGCAGGGAUUUCUUGUCAGUACGAGCGUUUGGCAUUUGCCUCUCCAGGUAUACCAUUUGGCAAAACAUUCCUUCGAGUUAAUGGCUGCUUUGCAAACUAAAAAUGAGAUAUUUUUUUCAAAUUGAAAAUGCGUUAGACUUCGAACUGUAAAAACUCUUCGGGACUGAGGUGGUGACAGCUGAGAGGGUGCAGGACAUGAUGGCAGUCUUGUUCACUGGCUGCUGUGCCAUGAGCACUGGACAGGGUAAAUAUUACUUGCGUGUGGUUUCGACCUCUCAGAACGAGGUUUGUAGCCUCUGAGUAGUUUUACAGCUGAAAUAUCUUGAGAUGAAUCUGUCAAAGAGUGAGUAUUGGAAGGAGGCUGUUUGGUAAGUGUAGGGGCAGUUGCAUCACCUGUAGCAAAAAGAUAAUUUGGAAGUUGCUGAUGGUCAGUCAGCUCACUUGUUUGUGUUUAAUGCUGUUAAACAGAGCUAAAGUCAUAGACUGGUAUUAUUGAUAAAACUCCAUUAGCCAGUAACUGUAAUGAAAACCAAAUGGAAGGAGAUAAAAAUAGAGGCUUUAAUAGAGAGGCACUGCAUAAUGCGUUUUUUUAAGCUGCUGCGUGGAUCAGAUGGGGAGAGUAUACCUGGCGUGUUAAAGUCUUGCUGUUUCUUUCCCCCGUCCCUUGCUCACAUUCAGUACAGUAAGGUGCAAGAAAUAAUUGGGAGUGGCCUUUGGUUCUUGAUAGUAAACCUGCUGUGAUUUGAUUGAGUUCUGUGUACGUUACACUAUAAGAAACUAUUAGAUUUACAGGUAAAGCGAGCCCAGCCAGGCUCUCCUCAGAUAACAUCUCUUGCCUUGCUUUGCUGUAGGAAGGUGGCACGGACAGGUGAAUGCAUGUGCUGUCUCUGCAUUUUUUUAAAUUACAUCCUUUGGGAUUAUGUUCCCUUUUUCUUCCAUUCUGGGGACACGGUUCCUUCUUAGGUUGAUCUUGUUCCAGCUUAGCAAGGCAGGUCUGUUCUCUAAUGGCUGUGCUGUGAAAUAAAACUGCUGAGUGGUGCUGGUGGGGAAGGAGCAGAGCCUGUCCCGGGUGGGUUGCACCCGAACAACCUGCGGCAUUUCCUCUGCUGGUGGCCUUCGGUCUCGCUGCUGUGGAGGAAGGUAAGAGCAGGGGUUGGGGGCUGGAAAGGAACCGCAAUUUAAGCAUUCACAUCAGCUUUUUCACUCAGCAGAUAGACAUUGUGUGCACUUCCCAGAUUUUUGUUGAGCAAGAAGGCAAUUCAAUUCGGCGUGACCUUCAAUGUGCCUUAAAGCAAAUUCUAUAAACUGAAAAAUUAAGAGGGAUUGGAAUCUGCUAGUAUUGCUUUUUCCCCUGUGCAGACAAAGUAUUCGGUGGCUGAAAAUGUGGGUAGGGAAUGUCAGGAAUCCUCAGUUCCUUUCCCAGAUCUAGCCUGAACUUCGGGUCUCUGCCUCAACUUUUCCAUGCAGAAAAUGUGUUCACCAUUUUCCAAUGCACUGAUUGCUCCAGAAGAGCAAAAUAUUUGAAUCUGCACAGAUCAAAUGUUCGCCUCUCCCAAUUGUAACAACUCUAGAUUUUCUUGCUUGUUCUUACAAACACUGUUUUAUCCCAAAUUGAUAAUGUUUUGUGCUUUUCAGGCAGCCAGAUGCAAUGUUUGUACCUGUGCAAAGCAUCCAGUAAAAGCAAACGUGGGUGAUCUGGGAGUUUGUGAAAGUUAGGUUUGAAUACAUAAUUUUCCCACAGUGGAAGCUACAGCUGGUGCCGAUUCUGGGGAGGGGAUCAAAAUCUGUCGGUCUCUUUAGCCAAACUCGCAGCAAGAAAUGGAGUUGUUUGAGCUGCUCGUUGGUGUGAAGAGCUUUUAUCUUCUAAAGACACUCAAGAACUUUGGGUAAUUCACUCACUGCUCUGGUCCUGCUUUUAAAUGUGUUUUCCCUCCUGGCUCUGAUCUUAGUGCUUAAUAAGACAGCAUCAUCUAGUGGCUACAGGCUACAUCCCAGCCUGGGGAUGCGGGUCACCUUGCUUCUGGUGGAUGCUUGCAUCUUGUCUCGGUGUUGGAGACUAUAACAUACCUGUAUGUAUAUAUGAUCCUCACUUUUCUCAGUGGUAGAAUGAAUUUAAUACAGUUAGAGAGGGCUCUCGGCUUCAGGGGUGGGAGGUGGUGUGUAGAUACCUGUAGUGUUUUACUGGGUAUAGUGUCAUGAGGUCUGUACAUAAUUGAGAGAGGUGUAGAUGGGUGAAAAAGAACACUUAACUGGAUUGAAGAUGUAUUUAGGAGAUUUAUAAAAUCUCUUUUUGGUGCUAGUUGAUAGGGUUUUUUUUUUUUUCUUUUUUUUCUUUUUUUUUGGUGGAUAAGUGAGAAUUUUGAAGUUAUACUUGAGAAAUCGGCUCUAGAAUUGCCUCAGACAUUAACCUUGGGAGGUCCAAGAGUGUUUGCUGAACUUGCUGUACGUCCUUUUUUCUAUUUAUUAAAUCAGAAGAUCUGGAACGAUCACUUUGCAUUUUCUGCUCAGUCUUUUCACAAACUCUCUGUGCCAGCGACUCCCCGGGAGCACCCCCAAGCCGGGAGAGCCGAAUCCCAAACCCCCUCCACGCGUGUGCCUGGCAGUGGGACAAACAACCGGGGUUCAUCACCCCACGCCUGGCACGAGCUGGGUGUCCGUGGGUAGGAGCAUAUCCACCUCAGGCCUUUCCAUUCCUUAGCGAACCGAGAUACCUCCAAGAUGAAAGCUGCGGGGCUUUGACCGACUCUUCUGCUCGUGUCUGAGCUGGGACGUUUGAAUUCGCCUCCGCGACCGAGGACUUUGCUACCGCUCCAGGUACCGACCCACUCCCACCCCCCUUGGCAGCGCCGGUGCGAGCGGUCCCGCUGGAAAAUGGGGUUUUAAACCUUGCAGAUAAUUUUCCAAGUCAUUCAAGCGUCCAGGCCCGGGGUGGGGGGGUCGAUGGCAGCAGCAGGGCGCGGUGAGUGACCUCCCGGGGUGUCCCGCUCCCGCGUGACGUGGUGGUGUCGGCCGGCGCGUCUCAGCGGAGGCUCCUGGUCCUGCUGCUGCUGCUGCCCAGCUUUCACAUGGAGAUGUCAGGGAGUUCAGAGGAGGAAAACUGGUGGAGAGAACAAAUUUACUAAUUUCUUAGGGUUAAAAGAAGCCUGAGAUUGUCAGUGAUUUUCAUUGAAUCAUGAGUAACAAAUACUAAUUUCUCUGUGAAUUCUAGGUGGUUUUGGUCUUGCAAUUCCCUAAAUCUCUUUUGGUUUAUUUUUCUGGCUGCAGAUUUCUGUUCCUCACUCCAGUGCUUUGUGUUUCUAAUCUUCUGGUAAAGUUAAUGUGUUGUUUUUUAUGAUAUAUUAAAUUGAAAUGAUUUGCAAAAACACUUUACAACUGCAAGGGCACUUUGGAAAUCUAGCAUUUCAGCUGAUGCUUUUUCUUACUGACUUGGACUUGUUCUUACUUACGACACAUUUGUUCAAAGUCAAAUGCAUUUAGUAGAAAACACAUUUUGUUUUCUUUGAUGUUCACAUCUUAGUUUGAGCCUACAAAUAAUGCAGGUGCUCUCUUGCUCCUGCUUAGUCUGGCAGGUAUAGUGUAUACCUACAUAAUUCUGACCUUUUCAUCCAUAGUGUUUCCAGAAAGACCGGAGGGCUCUGUCCGCUUCACGCUCAGCUCUGGUGUCGUUACAAACCCCCGUCCCUCUUCUGCAAUGAGUCGUUGGCGUGUUUUGAGCCAGAUGCUGAGACGGCGUGAAGCUGCGCUGAUGUACGGCCGCUGCCAGUCUGGUUCCCUUCUCAAGGUGUUUCCUCUGUUUGAGUUGUGUGUGAGAGGGAGGUCAUCACUGUCUUUAAAAAAAAAAAAAAAAAAAAAAAUUCAUGGAUGCAAGUUUGACAAGAGUGUAGGCUGUAAUCUAGUGCCAACCAAUAAACACGCCAGUAUUUCACACA